UCUGUAUUGCUUAACUCUGAAGAAAUAGAACGACUGAAUCGGGAGAAGCGGUGCUUCGUCCUUGGGCUCUAUUCCCCGUCUCCUUCUCUAGCCACCAAACCCCAUAGAUCCAGGAACGUUACACACACCUUUGGGUGUCUAGCGUUCGAACCUGAGUUCAUUUGAAUCUGCUACCCCAAAAGGAACUCGCAUCACUCGGCAGCGGCGGUUCACCAUGUCGGCCUUGAGCGGGCGCGGAUCGGGCUCCGCCUUCGCGACCAUGUCGGCCGUGAGCGGGCGCAGCUCAGGCUCCGCCUUCGCGACACCAUCCGGGGUCGUCUCCGGCUCCGGCUCCGGCUUCUCGGGCGGAUCCACCGCGUCCGCCUCUGGCAGCGGGGCCGGCAGCGGCAGGAGCUCGGCGGAGGACGCGGCGAAGAAGCGGAAGCCGCCCUUCCGGCCUGCGGAGGACGACACGAAGCCCGUGCUCCGCGACCCGAUCUCGCGGUCGGACCCCGUGGAGACCGAGCAGGCCGUGCUGCGGCUGCCGCCCUUCCCCUGACGCCGAGCUCGUCUUGAUGAUCCCGUGGUACGGUCAAACUUCUCACGUGCGAGAGCUGGCUCUUGAUCUUGGCAGAUGCUUCAAUUCUUGGAGAACAGAUAUGUUGUUGUUGGAGAUUGGGGCUAUAGCUUGUUCCUUCGAUAAUCCUAGGGUCUUCUAGUUUUUCUUUCAUUGUUCUGGAUAAGGUGCUUUGGUUGUUUCACAUGGGGUUAUAGAACAAGAACUGAAGUGAUUUGAAACUGCAGUUGCACAACAGUACAAUCUCGUCAGACAACUGCAAGGUUUCCUUACUCUACUCUUAUUUGCUCGGUAUCCUUUUAAAGCAAAUGCUCUGGCCUAAACAAUGGAAGCAAAUCUUAGCUUAGCUUUUC